AUGGCUGUUGAACAGAGAGAAUAUGCCCAAGAUAACCUCGACUCUGUCACCAAUAAAUCAUUCUGUAAGCCACUUCCCAUGUGGUUGCGGUCCUUACCCCUAUUAGUGAUAGCAUUGUUAUGUUUAUCUUUAUUGAUCUUGAGCCAUGGAAAGUUUGGACUAUGGAAGUGGCUAGAGGAGCUACACUGGUUAUGGAGUCUACUAGUGUUUAUCCUUCUUUUCACAAUGGUUUCGUUCCCAUUUGGUUUUGGUUACGUCAUCUUGAACAUGAUGUGUGGGUAUCUGUACGGUUUCGUGAGAGGUCAACUUAUUGUGACGGUAUCUGUGAUUGUUGGUUUCUCCCUAGCGUUUACAAUGUGUAGAAGCUUGUUUAAAGACUAUACGAGAGGUAUGGUGAAUUCAACCACUACGUUGCAGGCAAUACUGCAAGUUAUCGAUGGCCCAAAUGGAUUCAAGAUUAUCUUAUUGACCAGACUAACUCCGAUACCAUUUGGACUUCAGACAGUCAUGUUUGCUGUGACCCAGGUGAGUCUCUACGAGUGUCUACUGGCCUCUGUUUUGGGACUGCUGCCCCUACAACUAUUGAACACUUACGUGGGGAGCACUGUACGGAGCAUGCAGGAGGUUGGCGGGACUCACAGCUAUGUCAUUUUGGCAAGUCAAAUCAUCAGCAGUGUGUUUUUAAUGGCAUACUUACUGCAAACAGCAAGGAGAGAACUAGUGAAGCACACUAGAGUAGCUGACAUUGAGGCAGACAUAUCAAACAAUGCUUGACACAAAAAUCUGUUAUUUCAUAAUUAAAUCCUUUUUUAUUCAUGUCACCCAAUCACGUUCAUAUUCCAUAGCCAAUCAUUCUAUAUAAUAUUGAUAUUCGUUGAAAAUAA